AUGCCUCACUUGGUCGAUGCGUAUCUAGAUGUUAAUCUCACUGAUUUGAAGAGUUUUAUUGGAUCAAUCACAUCUGUCAAGCGUCUUGCUAUAUGUUCAGAGACUAUGCUUGACGAAGAUUAUGUCUUCAACCAGCUUAAACAUUUGGAGGUAUGUAUAUGCAAAGACCAUUUCCCCAGUCAACUGUUACGGCUGCUCAAAGCUUCUUCCAACUUGCAAGGACUUCACAUUUUUUACAUAGAGGAUGAUCAUGAUCAUAUUCCUGAUGGUAUGGAAGACUGGAAUCAACCAAGUACUGUUCCUGAAUGUAUGUUGUCGAGUUUACGUAGUCUCAGCUGGUCGAUGUACAAAGGAGAACCACAAGAGAAAGAUAUUGCGAUUUACAUUUUGGAACAUGCUCUUCACCUAAAGACUGCAACAAUCAAGUCAUCAUCUGAAUCGGAUGUUCCAAAAUUGGAGAUGUUAAAGGAGUUGGCUCUUUCUUCUAGAGCUUCAGCAAAAUGCAAACUCAUGUUUAAAUGA